ACAGAGAGUAUAUAACGCAUACGGGGCGUAACAACGUGGAGGAGGAACGGAAUCGGUGAUGCUGGUACCAAUAGCGGUGGAUACAGCUUUGGUACUCUUGGUGGUACGGAAGAAGAACGUAGAAGAGGGGUGAGUGGUUGCAGUAUAAAUGUGGCCCGCGCAAGCUCCACCAAUCACUCGCCCUCUGACCUCCAAACUCUAAGCUCUCGUGGUACCAAACAUCCCCUCUUUAUUCAAUCGUUCAUACGAUCAAGAGACGAGACCAACGCUUUGGCAUCGAAAACUCGUGCCUCGUGACCACCGCGUGGUGCCAUUCGAAUCAUCUUCAUCACCGAGGACUCGGCGAAAUUAACUUGCUUCCACGAUUUGAAAAAGAAAUAGUCGAAAAAUAGUUCUCCCUUCGUACGUGAUACAACGAUUUAAUUAUUUCUUCAAUUUGCGAUAUCUUCCUUUCUUCGUAGACAUGGCAACGACUGUUAUUUUCAUUCAACGAUGUAUGAUCAUUGUCGCUAUCCUACUCUGUUAUUUUCAUGUACAGAGUGAAAGCGUGAAUUGCGAAUUAUAUCCAUUCCAUCAUACUUGUAGAGGUACAAUGUCGAGGAAACGUGCGAUGUUCCCAAUUGUCUACGCAUCAGAAUGUGAAGAAAGUAAAGGAAAUAUAAAUUGUAUCAAAGAAUUUGAAGAAAAACAUCAUGUUGCCUAUAUUCCGUUAUCGAAGUCAAAACUCUUAAUUGCUUUGCUUAAUGAUGAUUUACGAAAGGAUAUUACACGAUCAAUCCGCCAUAAAUUAAGAAACGAUGAAAUGAUUAAACAAAAUUCAGCUUUAAUGGAAAACUUUUUAUCGCAAUUGGACUCUUCGGACAAUUAUUGAAUGAAAUGAUCAGGAAAUACAAAUUUUCUCGGCUCUUGCAAACAUUUUUCAUCGUUCAAACUUUCAAAAAUGUAUAAAAGCAUAUGUGUUUAAAUUUUCGUUGUCUUCCCCUCUCUCUCUCUCUCUCUCUCUCUCUCUCUCUCUCUCUCUCUCUCUCUCUCUCUCUCUCUCUCUCUCUCUCUCUCUCUCUCUCUCUCUUCUCCCCCCCCUCCCAUAUACAAAAUAAUAUCCUUUUAUCAAUUCCACUUUUUUCAUUUUUUUAAAAAUCUUACUUUUUUAUCUUUCUAUCUUUUAAUCCAAAUCCUUUAAUCCAAAUAAUUAUUAUUGCUUUUUCAAUGUCUUUAAACAGGAUUACAAUUAAAAAUAUUGUAUUCACGUUACUAACAAUACACGCGUGUUGUAGCAUAAAAAAGUACAUUUAAAAUUCGAAGUAAUUCCUUGAAUUGUCCUAUUAAAAAAAGAGAGAAAUUAAAAUUAAAAAUAUCGUUUAGAAAUAUCAUUUUAUUAUAAUAUUAUAGUUACUAUUUAUUGAAUUUAUAUAUAAACAAACAUAAAAAAAGAAUAAUACAGACUGAUUUUGAAAAAUUUGAAAAAAAUACGUAAUUAAUAAAAUUAGUUAUUUCUAAUAUUAAAAAAUUUCGUAUAGAAUUUUUAUUUAUGUAGGUUCGAAAAUGUACAAAUACUAAAAUAUAAUAUAUAUUAUAACAAUCUGAAUUUUAUAAUUAUUACAAUAAAUUAUUAUAUUUGCGUAAUUAUUUUUUAAGCUAUUUAGUUAUUAAAAAAUAAAUAACAAACCAAUGAUUUAUAAUUUGUAUAGGAAUCCAAAAUAAAAUCUAUAAUAUAAAUAAUACAAAAAGCAAACAAAAAAGGAAUAAAAAAUAAUAAAUAUAAUAAAAAAUUAUUAAUAAUUUGUAUACAUAUACUAUUAAUAAUAUAAUUUCUUUUCAAAUAAUUAAUUAUUAUUUGUUAUAAUUAAAAUAUAUAUUAUUUUAUAUUAUAUACUAUACCUAUUUAUAAAAAAUAUAUCAAUAUCAUAAGUGAUAACAAAUGUAAUUAACAAUAUAAUUAAUUCAUUUAUAUACUUAUUUAAUUUAAAUUAAAUAUACAAAUAAUCAUCGAUGAAAUAUAAAAACAUAAAUACAUAUAUAUAUGUAAUAGGUAUAGUACAUAAUAUAAAAUAACAUUUUAAUUAUGAUAACAAAUAAUAAUUAAUAUGUAUAAUAUAUAUGUAAUUACUUAAAAAAAUUAUAUAUAUGUGUAUAAUUAUUUAAAUAUAUACAUAAUAUAUAUUA